AUGGCCUCGCAAUUACCAGUGCGCUCCUCAGAAGAGACGAAGACGGCGUCUUCCAGCGAGGACCACCUCAGGCACGACCCCGAGAAGCAGCACGUCACCGAGAGCAGCAAGACACAGCCUGGCGAUGAGGCAAGCAAGCACGUCCAAAACGAGGCGAACUGGAACUGGGAUACCGACCCCUACAAUCCCCUGAACUGGCCUGCACGACAAAAAUUCACGCAGAUGGUGAUGAUCUCGCUGGCGGCACUUACUUCAUCCCUCGGCACCUCCAUUAUCAGCCCAGCCCACACCCAGCUCAUGGAAGAGUUCGGCGUCACCGCAACGCAGGCCAUCGUCCCGUUGUCCAUGUACGUCUUCGCUCUCGGCCUGGGUCCUGUCGUCGGCGGCCCGCUGUCGGAGACGGUGGGCAGGCACCCCGUCUACCUCUUCAGCCUCCCGCUCGGCGCCCUCUUCACCCUCGGCGUCGGCUUCUGCCAUAGCUUCGCCGGGGUGUGCAUCCUGCGCUUCCUCGCGGGGUUCUGUCUGUCGCCCAGCCUAGCCAUCGGCAGCGGGACCAUCAACGAGACGUACCAGCCCUCGGAGCGCGCGCUGCCGACCACGGCAUUCAUCCUCAUGCCGUUCCUCGGCCCGGGGCUUGGGCCCGUCAUCGGCGCAUUCGUCGUCAACCGCAAGGGCUGGCGCUGGACGCAGUGGACGAUGCUAUUCUUCAUUGCCACCGCCAUGGUGUCGACGAUUUUGAGCAAGGAGACCUACCACACCGUGCUCCAGCGCCGCCGCGCCGCGCAACUCGGCCUGCCCGUCGAGCCUCUGCCGGUGGCGCGCGAGCGUGUGCACAAAUUUGCGACGAGUGCCCUCGCGCGGCCGGUCCGGAUGAUGUUCACUGAGCCCAUCGUCUCCUUCAUCUGCCUGUACGUGGCUUGCGAGUUCGCGACACUCUUCUCCUUCUUUGCGGCGCUUCCGUACGUCUUCCGCACCGUGUACGGCUUCGGCAUCGAACAGCAGGGCCUCAUCUUCCUCUCCAUCGCCGUGGGCUGCGUUCUGGGGUCCCUGACGAUCAUGCUCUGCAACGCCGUCAUCUACCUUCCGCAGACGAAGAAGCACCCGCCGCAGCGCACGCCGCCAGAGUACCGGCUGUACCCGGCCAUGGUGGGCAGCAUCGGCCUCCCGCUGGGCCUCUUCUGGUUUGGGUGGACAGCGCGGGAGGACAUUUCGUGGGCCAGCCCGGUGGUGGCCAUCAUGCCGUUCGCGUGGGGAAACAUCUGUGUCUUUGUGAGCACGAUGCAGUACCUCCUCGAUGUGUACAAGGGGACGAACGUUGCCAGCGCGGCGAGUGCGAACAGCCUGGCUAGAUAUGUGCUUGCAGGGGCAUUUCCUCUGUUCGUCGUCCAAAUGUACACCAAUCUGGGAAUUGGAUGGGCUAGCAGUCUGCUGGGAUUCAUCGCGCUGGCGUUGAUGCCGGUUCCGUGGGCUUUCUUCAAGUUCGGGAGAGCCAUCAGGCAGAGGAGCACCUUCGACACGGUGACAUUUUGA